AUUAAUUAUCAUCUUCAAUUUGAUAUUAAUAUUUGCGUAUUGGAAACGGGCCUUAAGCUUUUUUUUCCACCAUUUCCGGUUGUGUGUUUUAUGGACGCUUCGUGUUUGCUCGGAAUCGUUUGUCGUUUGUCGUUCGAGGAAUUUGUGCCGCGUUUACAGGAAAAUAAGUAAUUAUUGCUGUAAUACACCUUUCGUGGUUGUUUGAAAGAAAGUGUACAGUGUGACAAAGGAAUGAGGAAUUACUCGAAAUUGUAUGCAAAGAUAUCUUGGCAGUUGUGUAAAUAGCGCGUAGUGGUGCCUGCGCGUUCGUUAUGCGCAUUCGUGGACAGAUGAGCGCGGGAUUGUGGCACCCAGACGCGAGGGGAUUGUAGUACAGCUACUUACGCGGAGAGACGUGUUUAAUGGAGUUCUUUAUGUAGUGACGGGCAACGCAAAAGAAACGUUCUUCGCGCAUAGAUCGUUGAAGUACGCGGAAUCAGUGUUUGGUCCCGGAGGGACCACAAAAUGGACGGUGUCAAUGUGAAUGGCGGGAACGCCAAUGAGGCGCGCGCGGAUCCUAACCUAGAAGCUGAAAGUAUGCCGGAUUUACACGAAAUGCAAAUUAAGAUCGAACCAACCAUCAAAGUCGAGAGUCAAGAGGUGAAUGGUGAUAUUAUGGGUUCAGCAAGGAAAGGUAUGAUACCGCAUAUUAGAGAGGAGUUAUCUAAGUUCAAGGCCGAUUCAACUAGUACCACUGAAAGUGAUGAUACAAUAUUCAAUACAAAAGGUCGCAAGCGGAAGCACUCGGACACUGACGAUGUUAGCUCAGAGGAAUCCGUCGAAUUCAAUGGAUUUGAUAUUCAAGGAACUAAUGAGCUACAACCUGGCAGUCACAUCUUGAAAAAAUUAAUUGGUAUUGCUGAAGCUGAAGUAGCAGAAGCUCAAUUGGCAAAACGCUUUAGAUAUAGUACAAAGAAGAAUUUUGAUGGCAGAAAAGAUGAUGAACAAGAUUCAGAUGAUAGUAGGAUGCAUAGUUAUGAAUCAGAACAUGGGUUUGACUUAGACAAGAUAAAAAAGGAAAAAGAAUCUGAUAAAUCUGAAACAGAUUCGGUUGGAAUACCAAAUACUAUGGAGACUGAAUUAGAACAUAAAACAGAUGGAACUUCAUUUAAAUCAACAAAUUCAUCAUCAACUACUAGUAGUCCCGCAAUAUCUUUAAAGUCUAAAGGUAGUCGUUUGUCACGUGGGAUCAGUCCAGGAAAUACUACUACAAAACAGAAAGCUAUUGUUGAUGUAACAAAUCCUGUAUUCAAAGAACCUUUUAAAUAUGGUUGGAAACGAGAAUUAGUGUUCAGAGCCAGUAGUGAUCCUAACCUAAAGAGAAUGGCUGAUAUAUAUUAUUAUACUCCAAAAGGAAAGAAAGUUAGAAGUUUUAGAGAAGUUGCAGAGUUUCUUAAUACAAAAGAGUUGACUAUCGAUAAUUUCACAUUCUUCAAAGAGCCUAUUGGUCUGGAAGAUCCUACCAAAGAAAUAAUUCGGGAUGCAAAGAGGAUAAGAGGAUAUGGAUCAGGUGCUGCAGCAAGGAGAGCACAUAAAAAAACAGUGAAGAGAGUUGUAGAAGAACCAUCAAUGCCUGCACCAGUGCCUACAAAAGCUGCUACUAAAUCACCAAAAGCUGCAGCAACUGGAUUUAAAGUGAAAGUGCCUGCAAAGAAAACUCCACAAAUAACAGAAAUGAAAUCGCAGUCUGAAGAAAGUGACAUGCUUCCACCACAACGGACUACAAGUACAAGAAGGAGUCAACCACUAGUUGAGAAACCACCACCUCCAAAACCUAAAAGGCAGUUGACGCCCAAAGUUCAAGAACCAUGCAGUAUAAGAUGUUCAACAAGUAUGGGGUUGAUACCAAGCUUACAAUGUCGCGUGUGUCUCUGUUUAUAUCAUCCUGAAUGUGUUGAUGGUAUGGAAUUUGCAGGAAGUGACAAUUAUAUUUGCAAGAACUGUCGGCAGGACACUAAUGAAUCUCAACAAUCUCAAACAAAUCCAUCUCUAACACCUCCUCCAUUGAUACCGAUCAGUAUGUUAGGUACACAAAGUGCAAAAUCAAAACAUCAAGUAAAUUUAACACCACCAAAACUUCAGAGAAUUCCAAAAUCUGACAGUGCGGAUUCACAAUCGCGAAAUAGUACUAAAGUUAUGAAAUCCUCCUCGACAACACCAUACUUUUCUGCAAAUUUAGAUAAGAAAGAGAGUAAUUGGUUUUCCCAGACAGAAAAUGAAUUUUUGCAAAGUCAUGACGGGACUAUACCGAAACCAGCUCAAAAUAUUGCUUUGAUGGGAGGUAAAAGGUAUAUCGUUGUACCAAAAAAUAAUGCCAUGGCGGUUCAACCAGCUAUUACAGUAAAACCUGACAAAAUUGGUGAUAAACCUCCUGUACUUCAGGAUGGUUCACUUACUGAUAUAUCGAAUACCGUUGAAAGUUCGAUGCUCACAAAGUCACAUGCUUCCUUAACAACAAAGUCUUUAAGAAAAGAUGUUUUUGAUAAAUCACCUGAUAAAGAUGCAUUGAAAGAUGCGUCAAAUAUAGAAUCUACGCUAUGUUCUGAAAUGGAUGUAACAGAAGAAACAUGUAAUAAUAGUAAUAGAACAGAUACGUUGGCUAUAAAUAAAUCUCAGAAUGAUUUGUCUAAUAUGACAGAUCUUGCAUUAGAAAUCAAGAAAUCAUUAAAUUAUAAAUCACCCGAAAGGAAAACGAAUAUAGCUAAUAAAAGUGAUCUUCCAAAAGCAGAUUCACAUCAGUCUGUUAUAAGUAAUUUGGGUUCAAUUAAAACAAGUAUCAAAAGAAAACAAAAUCAGCAGGAACUUGAACAUCAACAACAACAUUUUAUGGAUUCUGUCUGUGCUGGUUAUCAUGCGUUACUGCGUAUCUUUCAAUAUCUUAAGGUUCAAGAGUUGCUACGUGCUGCAAGAGUUUGUAAAAUGUGGCGAGACUUGGCUGCACACCCUUCCCUGUGGAAGACUGUCCGAAUGAAAAACAGUCAAGUAACAGAUUGGGAUGGCUUAGCAGACACCUUACAGAGGCGAGGUACUCAACAUUUAGAUCUCCGGAAAAUGCUUGUGGCAGGCGAAUCUGAUAGCAUUUGGAAAAAGUUCUUAUCGGUGAUACCUCGCGUAACUAGCUUGGUCAAGUUAGAAUUGUGUAGAUGUCCUGUAAUGGUUGUUGAAGAAGUUAUUAAAAGCUGCCCCCAACUAGAAGUACUAAGUGCAAUGUCGAUAAAAUGUGAUUCCUUAAAUUUGGAAUCGGUUGGAAAUCUUAAACGUUGUCAAGAAUUAAGGCUUAAAGCAAUAAGUGGAAUGUCACUACAAGAAGAUCUCACACCUUUACAAGAAUUGACACAAUUAACGCAAUUGAGUUUAACAUCGGUUAAAGAAUUAGGAAAGAAGAAAAUCGAUAUUAUACAAGCUUUAGUAAAUUUGGAAGCAUUAGAAUUGGGCGAAUGUUCAGAUUUUCCUGACAAAUUUGGAACGACCGUUUUAAUAAAAUUACAAAAAUUAGAACGUCUUAGGCUCGAAAAAGGACAAGGUUCAUGUUGCACAUUCAAUAUUUUGGAGGGUGUAUCCAAACUGCAAAAUUUAAAUCAAAUGGAGUUAGUCAAUUUUGACGUGAAAAAUGGUUUUGAUAAGUGUCUGGCCAACUGUAAAAAUAUCAAAAGGUUAUUAAUAAUACCCACUUACAUAUCUCAAUCGGCGACAUCCAAUAACAUGGUGCUUGGUGGUGUGACUGAAUUGUCAAAUAAUUUGACACAUUUUGUGUGGGGCGUUACACUCGAGUUACUCAGGGUAACAGAAUUAUUUGUUGACCAGUGUAAUCUAAUGAGUAAACAAGUUACCGGUGACUCGAUACCAGUUUUGAAACCAGUGCCCUGUUUGAAAUUAAUUGAAGAUGUUGAAGAUGAAAAUGACAAUCAAAAAGGUGACGAUAAACAACAACCAAAUUUAACAAAUCCACAAGUAGAUAUAUUACCAUUGCCUCAACUUCAAAAACUUUUAUUAACCGCAUUGCCUAAAACGAGAGUUAAAAUCUUGAAGAUUCCUUUCCACGCUACGUGGCGACAAAGCAUUUCAGAUACUGCUACGCAAUAGAAGAAAAUGGAAUACAGUGUUUAAAAGGAAGAAAAAAAAAAGAAACCUGAUACAAGGAGAAUUAGAAAUUUUGUAAAUUUGACUCCAUAGUGUCUGCACAAUUUAUUCCAAUACUUGUGAAUUGGAUGAAAUGUAAUUUAAUAUUUAUGUACUAUGUGUUUUGUAGUUUCGAACAGUUCCCCUUAAAUAUUGUUACACUUUAUGGUAAUCACAAAUACCGUUCUUUCCUUAAUUGUCGUUAACGAGAAGACGGUAUUUUGAUGAUAAAAACAGGGGACCAUAAAUGCCACAGUUGUGUGCUAGUUUGUCUGGAAAGCAGAAAUCUAAUGAGGCUGGUAUCCUUGUGUAAAUCAUUCAAACAAAGAAAGUCUUAGCAUUUGUAGACUGCAAUAUUUUUAAUGUGUGCCCGUAAAUUAUUUGGUUAUAUUGUACUUGCGUAUUUACAUGAACAGAGAUUUUUCAACUAUGAAAAAAGCAAAAAUGAAUGUAAAUGUUUAAGGUAAUUAUUACAUAAAAUUAAGAUUUACAAACACAUCGCGCACAUUUAUUAAAAGGGGAUGAAGCAUACAAUUUUCGAUUUUUAUGAAUAUCGAACUUUUACAUUUAAUAUUGAGUCAAGACGAGUACUUUUAUUUCACGAUACAUAAUGAAUUUCUAUUGAGGUAGCAGUUGAUAAAAAAGGAAAAGAAACGAGAUCAUGGUGUAUAAGGCUCUAUUUAGUGAUUAGGCUGUAUAAAUAAUGGUUAUACAUUACAUGAAAUACACGUGUAUCUUUAAAUAUUUAAGAUACGAGUUUUCCGCUGCAAAGAAAUCACGGAGAACCUUAUGGGUAAUGUUGUAGAAUGUGUAAUAUAUUUAUAAUUCUAUACGAUAUAAUAUUAUAAAAAUGUAGUAAUUAAUCUGUACUUGGUACAAAUUGCGUAAUUACGAUAAAUUACCUAACCAGGAUCUUCAGUUUUCUAUCAAAUCUUAUCAUUGUUUAUUUUCCUUCCUUCUUUUCUUUUUGUUCUGAUACUUUUUAUAAAUAGGUGCAUUAUUGAUACAGUGUCAAAUUAUUAAGAAUGUGUAGCUAACAGUUGUUAUAUCGGUCGAGUCGGUUCGGUGAAAGUCGGGCAAAUUCGGGCGGAGACCAGGGACGUACGAACACUCGAGUAACUCGACUGUUUUAGGUGACUCAGUUGUAUCGAGCGAUCCCAUUGUUUUGGGUUAAGUCUACAUUUGAAAGCAUUUAGAAUCCUAAAUUUCAAUUUCUAAGUGUUUCUUAAUAUAAUUGGACUACCAAAAACAGUGAAACAAUUCGAAAACUUCUAUGUCUUGGGUACCCACCGGGACUUUCUCGACUCGACCCUAACCCGAAAUGUCGGAUAUCCCUACGAUCCUAUAAAGUUAGAUUUCAUACUGAUUUAUAGAAAUGAAGACCUAUCAAAAAUUUUUAAUUAUGAAAACGGUUACGUACAUAAUUUUAAAAUGAUAUCGAGAAAAUUAGUUUAAGACGUAAUAUUAGGUAAAUGAAAAUUCUUCAAGUGAUAUUAACUGUUAUAUCAAUUUGUUAUUUAAGUACGUCAUGAAUGUCACGCACGCCUUAAUUAGUUGCGUUUUGUAAAAAGUUUUACAAUUAGUUACCUUACUUUGCAGCGCGAAAAUUCUUAUAAUUAUUUUAUUUUAUUUUAUUAUUUUUAGUUGUACACAAAUUAAAUAAUUUAUAAACAUUAA